CGCCACGAUGUUCACCAUAUCACAGUCCUCCAUCUUGACACAGAAUGUUACCACCCACGCUAUUAGAGGGAUUCCCCGGUGAGGCACCCUCUGCACCUUCCACGACGCUCCGGUACGCAGACGUCGCCGUCACUGCAACUGCCAAAGAGUUCGCCGGUAUCUAUCGAGGCAAACAAUACCAUGAGCCAGACUUCGAUACCGUGCUCGACCGCGCAUCAGCCGCCGGUGUUGAGAAAGUCAUGCUGACAGGCAUGUACGCAUCCGACGCGUCUUUCAAUCUCGACAUAGCGCGAAAACGACCCGAACAAUGCAAAAUCACAAUUGGCGUGCAUCCAUACCAUGCAUUCGAAGCAGACGAAGGUGGAGAAGAAUACUACAAGAACCUGUCCGACAGCAUCACAACGACCAUGGAAGAAGAGCCGCACCUCCUAGCCGCGUUCGGAGAGCUCGGUCUAGACUACGAUAAGCUGGCCGAAGCCCCUAAAGACGUUCAGAUACGCGUGUUCAAGCGUCAGCUCGACAUGAUAGUAAGCGCAGGAUGGAAACUACCCCUCUUCCUCCACUGUCGCGCCGCAUUCGAAGACUUCAUCGCCAUACUCGAACCCUACAUGGACCACCUGCCUCUACGAUCCGGAUUAGUCCACUCUUUCGUCGGUACCACAGCGCAGAUGCAGACUUUGAUCGCCCUGGGGCUACAUGUCAGUGUCAACAAUUUUGCUUUCCGGGACCGCGAUAGCUUGGAUAUGAUUAGGCAUGUACCCUUGGACAAGUUGCAGGUUGAAACGGAUGCCCCGUGGGGUGAUAUCCAAGCUUCUAGUGAAGUAGCAAAGGCGUAUUUGAAGAACGCGACGAAGUGGUCGUGGGGGAGCAGGAAAAAGGAUAAGUUCAGUAUGGGCGAUAUGGUGAAGGAGAGGAAUGAGAGUUGCAGUGUGGAGAAGGUGGCCUUGGUCGUUGCUGGGAUUAAGGGUGUUGAUGUCGAGGAGGUUGCGGAGAGGGCGUGGAGGAAUAGUGUGGAUAUGUUCUUUUCGCGUGAGGAGCAUAGAUGAAACUUCCACAUCAAGACGGAAAUAUGGCAUGAUGACUUGGCUUGGGUAAAGUUUCUUAGUAAACACGUGAUGGAAAUAACCUAGAAGAACGAAGA